AUGGGCCUCGACAUCAAGACUGUGAUCCAAGAGAAGACGCGCUGGGUAGCGUCCAAGCUCUCGCUGCGCAAGCUGCGCUCCACCAAGCGCUCCCGCAAGGCCAUGGAGACCACGGAACUACAGCCCGUCGCGCUCGCCGGUGCCAGUAGAGGCUUCACGGGCUCUUCGACGCAAUGCAACCAUUUCUCACGGACACCGUCAGGGGCGCAAGAACAGUGGACAGACAGUUCAAAAGGAGGCAGAGCACUCUCCGAUGGAUGGAAGGUCUGUCGAAUGUGCCAACGCAAGUUCUCGCCGUUGAGUAUGAGUCGGCAGUAUGCUGACUUCUGCUCGCUAGACUGCAAGUCCGCCUUUAUGCUUGGCCACGGUAAGCCUUACGACGACGAGGCCACUGGUGCUCGGUUCGAGCGUCUGGCGCCCGAGUACGAGGCCGCAUUCGCACGUUUCCUGCGUCGCAACUACCGCUCCGACCUGCAGCAGCUGCACCGCCGUCUACGUCACAUCUCGACGCCCUUCGCGGGCUUCAGUGAGACCCCGAAGCAGAGUCUCUUGGCCUACAGCCAGCGCGUGUGUGCACAGAGACUGCUGGACUUCAACGCGCAGCUAGGAACGCUACUAUUCCGCCACCCUGAACAGCUUCUCCCUCUUUUCCAUUGCGCUCUGGCCAAAGAAGUGAGCUGCAACGCCGGCGAGCCUCUGGAAGGCGGCGGACUGCCGUCCAUCCCCCUCAAAGCGCGUCGGAAACUCAAGGUGCGCGUCGAGAACCUGCCGCCAGUGCCGCCACUGCGUAAACCAGCGAUCAGUGCGAUCCGAUCCAAUGACGUCAAGCAGUUAAUCCAAAUAGCGGGCACUGUAGUGCGCACGGGGAUGAUCAAGAUGCAGGAGAUAGAGAGGGAGUAUCAGUGCUGCAACGCACGCUGUGGACACCGCUUCCUGGUUAAAUCGGACCCGGAACAGGGCAACGUGCUAGAGAUCCCGAAAGUGUGUCCAUCGGACAGUACAGGAGACACCAGUAGCGGCGGUAAGAAGCCGUGCAAAUCGACGCAGUUUAUGCCUGUUGGUGGCGCAGACAGUAGCGUCGUGUCGGACCACCAGGUGAUCAAGAUUCAAGAACAGGCGUCCAAGUUGGGCGUUGGGUCCAUUCCACGCUCGAUUUUAGUGGUGCUGGAGGACGAUCUGGUGGACUCGGUGAAGGCUGGAGACCGAGUGGUGGUCGUGGGGAUCUUGAUGCGCACGUGGAAGCCGUGCGUCCGAGGCGUACGCUGCGACCUGGAGACGACGAUCAAGGCGAACAGUAUCCGGAUCAAGAACGCCACGACGUCUCAAGUUUUGGUCACGGAGGAGCUACGCGCAGAGUUCGCGCAGUUCUGGUCGAAGCACAAGCGACAUCCGGUCCGAGGUCGCAACGAGAUUGUGGCGAGUAUCUGCCCCAAAGUGUAUGGCUUGUUCAUCGUCAAGCUGGCCGUCGCACUCACAGUCAUCGGUGGCGUGUCGUAUGUGGAUGAGACGGGCAUGAAGACGCGAGGGGAGCCGCAUAUGCUCCUUAUCGGCGAUCCAGGCACGGGGAAGUCGCAGUUCUUGCGCUUUACAGCCGAGUUGAGCCCUCGCUCCGUGCUGACAACAGGGAUCGGGACCACGAGUGCCGGUCUCACGUGCACAGCAGUCAAAGACGGCGGCGAGUGGAUGCUGGAGGCUGGAGCUCUGGUGCUGGCGGACCGUGGCGUGUGCUGCAUCGACGAGUUCAGCAGCAUCCGCAGCAACGACCGCACGUCCAUCCACGAGGCGAUGGAGCAGCAGACGCUCAGUGUAGCCAAGGCCGGACUGGUGUGCAAGCUGAACGCGCGUACGACGAUCUUUGCCGUGACGAACCCGAAAGGCCGAUACGACCCCACCAGCGACGUGUCCGUGAACACGAGCAUCGCCAGCCCGCUACUGAGUCGCUUCGACCUGAUCCUCGUGCUGCUGGACCGGAUGAACCCACGCUGGGACCAGGUCGUGUCUUCCUUUAUCCUCAAACAGGCGGUGGGGACGAGUACUAGCAUGAAGGAAGAAGCCGAACGAGACGACAAGGAGACGUCGUUUGAGGACAGCGACCACGUACCUCCUCGAGCAGUGCAGGAAGACUCGACGCUGUGGAGCAUCCACAAGUUGCAGGCGUAUAUCUGCCAUGUCAAGGACAAGUACAACCCGCAACUUAGUCGUGGCGCGAUGCUCAUUCUGCAGCGGUAUUACCAGAGACAGCGCGCGUCGGACAGUCGCAGUGCCGCGCGAACAACGAUCCGACUGCUCGAGAGUCUCACGCGUCUGGCGCAGGCCCAUGCUCGACUCAUGUGCCACGCGGAAGUCGCCGUCAUGGACGCUGUGGUCGCCGUGUUCGUCAUGGAAGUAAGCAAGUCGACGGACAAUUGCUCCGACAUGUUAGAAGGCGGCGUGGAGUCGGUGCUGCACUCCAACUUCUCCCAGGACCCAGAGGACGAGUACGCGCUGCAAGAGAAGCUCGUUCUUGACUAUCUCGUGCUGCAAGAGCUCAGCACAGCAGACGACAGGCCACCAGAGAGCAUUUCACAACGAAAACCUGAUCCUGUCCACAGUUUUCCGCUGGCGGCGGAGGAGUUCGAAGAAGCUGACGUUCAGGGCGAGUUUGCUGGAGAUCUGUACGUUGCUGGGACACUAGAAGAGCAGAUUCCGACCAGGAAACGGCCAGCAAGUCAGCAGGAGAGCGGACGACGUCGGCGACGUGCGGAUCCGCCAUCGCAGCCGUUCACCCCGUCGUCGCUGCCUCAGCGAGAAAAAGACGAUCUCGACGUCAUGGACGACUACCGUCGAGGCGGACAGCAAAGCCCACACACAGAGGAACAGCCGCGUGUGCCGCCGACACGUCCGCGCUUCGACUUUGGUCGCUGGAGCCAACAGGCCGAAGCCAGUCAAUCGAUCAUCAGCAAGUGGAAAAAGUAG